CUUUCCCCCCUAAAUUACAGCGCUCUUCAUCCCACGUCGAAGGAUCUCAUCAGGUCGUAGCACACAUCUCUCUCCCUGCCCCGACCCCGAUAUAUUCCCCCCAAAUCCCUUCCUCCGUCCGCCUUGUCUCGCUCUCUCGUUCUCUGCGUGACGACCCCCCUCCCCUCCUCGAUAUUCAUCUUCCUCCCGCACGCAGAAUUAGAUCAGGGCGAGCGGGGCAGGGAGGAUGGAGAACAGCAGCGGCCGGGAGGUGCUUCCGAACGGAGGAGGAGCCGGGGGGAUGGGCAACGGCGCGGCGAACGGGAGGGCGGUGCAGGCGCUGCAGCGGAGCUUCGCCGAGGUGCAGGCGAUCCUGGAGAAGAACCGGAUUCUGAUCCAAGAGAUCACCCAGAACCAGGAGUCGCUCGAGGCCGGUGGCCUCAGCCGCAACGUCGCCCUCAUCCGCGAGCUCAACAGCAACAUAGCCCGCGUCGUCGACCUCUACAACGCCCUCUCCUGCUCCUUCUCCAGCUCCCUCACCAACGGCUCCGCCCCCGCUGCCUCCGACGCCUCCAAGGGGGCCUACAAGAGGCCGCGCCCUGCCCAGUAGAAGAGACAGACCGUCAGCGCCAUCUUCUCCUCUGUUCAGAUUUAGAUUUCUGCUGUGGCCAUCCAUGGCCAGGGCUCAGCGGCAGGCAGAUUUGAGACUUCCUUUUUUCUUUUUCUUCGUUUUCUUCUUUGUUUUAGCGUUGAGCUGAGAGAUAUGGACAUGGUCAGCUUGUUGUCAGAGAUGAAACAAAGAUGCAGGCAGCAGUGUGUGGCUGUAUCAGUAUGUAUCUGUGUUUGUGUUGUGUGUUGUAUGGCCUACUGGCGCUGGUGUCUUUCUUUCAGGCCAGAUCGGAUGGAAUGAUUGCUUUGUCCUGUGAA